AUGGACGACCGCUCUAUCUGCUCCUUCUACCUGAAAAUCGGCGCUUGUCGGCACGGUGAAAAGUGUGCACGAAAACAUAUCCAGCCUCAGGAGCUGAAAACGGUGCUUUUGGCAAACCUCUACCCCAACCCCAAGACAGACCGUAACAGUGAAAUAUCUGACUCAGAUAGCUCCAGCGCCGAGUCUUUCGAGCAUUUUUAUAUCGACGUUUAUAAGCGUCUAGCCCAGGCAGGCGAGAUCGAGUCGAUGCUUGUGUGUGAGAAUGAAAACUUCCAUCUUAGUGGAAAUGUCUAUGUGAGGUAUACCACGACCAAAGCAGCAUUACUGGCGGUCAUGCUGGUCAACCAGGAGUGGUUUGCGGGCAAACCAGUAUACUGUGAGUUGCUGCCGGUGCUGAGUUUCCACGAUGCCAAGUGCCGGUCUCAUGAUACGAACUCUUGUAAUAGAGGAGACAAUUGUAACUUUAUGCAUGUGAAGCCACUCAAUGCUGAGUUGGCCAGGAAGCUUCGGCUUGCUCAAGAUAAGAGUAUUGCGUUGAAAAGACUACGAGAAGUGUUUGAGGAUGAGGCCUGGGGCGAAGAAUGGGCUGAACCUACGAAGGAGAAGUACGUGAGGAAUAAGAAACUGAAGGUGGAAUCUGCUGAUGGCGAGAAGAGCAGUGAAAACGAGGAAAAGAAGGAGAAUGGAGCUGAAAAGGAUGGUUCAGAAGGUACUCCAGAUGCUGAGGAGCCUAAAGAGGCUGCAGUGGAAGCUGUAUCGACCACAGAGGCAGUUGCACGGUUGUUUGCGUGA